UGUCCUUUCGGCAUCGAGACCAGUCCGGGACACCAGUUUAGUAUCGCGUAUCCAAGGCCGGGAAAACAUCGCGCUACAAGCGGUGGGGAUUCGGGAAAUUUCUUCGUGUUGCGUAAAGUUGGCCAUGUAGCAAUUCGAAUUUUUCCCUUCAACAAACCCCAAAGAAAAUGAGAUUCACCAUCAAGUGAUUCAGCAGUGAUCAGGCUGGAGUGGAUUGAACAACUUGAGUGAACGGAAUAGUGAUUUGCUGUGUUGAGUGAGUGCUCUUGAGUGACUGUCCAAAGGUUUGAGCAGCUGGACCUUAAGGAUUUGCGAAUCCCAGGAAAGGAGCAGCCGAAGAGGCUCCCGAUUGUAGUCCGAGACCAAGAUGUCUACGCCUCGUUUGAACCGAAUAGAGACGACGCCAGCUGAAGAGAUUACUAUCGAGCGAGUUUCGCGCUACAAGUACUCUCGGCGAAUAAUUAGUUUGUAAAAAUUGCUUUUUUCCGAACUCGGGAGUUUCUGUGCCAACAUUUCGAUCCAAAUCGGCCAGUGGUUGGAGCAUGUUUCCUACUUAACGAUCAUGGGCGUCACCAGUAGAGGAUUCGUCGGUCUCGUGCUCUUGUUCUUCACGUUCACCGUUGGCCGGGCCGAUAACAGUUUCAUGAAAAAUGCCAAAAUCAGCUCCAGAAUCGUGCAGACUCGCUAUGGCAGGCUACAGGGGUUGCUCGUGCCGAUGGACCCACAGCGAUUCCUCAAACCAAUUGAGGUGUUUCUGGGGGUGCCCUACGCAACUCCUCCCGUCCAAUCGAACCGGUUCAGUCCAACGCGAACUCCUUCGCCCUGGGACGGAGUUCGGGUGUCGGAUAAAAUGGGCCCAGUUUGCCCACAAAGGCUGCCGAACAUUUCGAACGAAACUGCCGCCUUGGAGCGGAUGCCCAAGGGGCGACUGGAGUACCUCAAAAGACUGUUGCCGCUGCUGAAGAACCAAAGCGAAGACUGUUUAUACUUGAACAUAUUUUCGCCGACCCAAGUUUCAGGCGAAGCUCGUCAUCCUGUGAUAGUUUACAUACAUGGCGAAUCGUUCGAGUGGAACUCUGGCAAUCCCUACGAUGGAAGCGUUUUAGCGUCCUACGCCGAUCUAGUUGUAAUUACAUUAAACUAUAGACUGGGAAUAUUAGGUUUUUUGAACGCUAAUCCAGCUCCUCACUUGAAAGCCCGCGUGGCCAACUACGGGCUUAUGGACCAGAUAGCGGCGCUCCACUGGGUCCAGCAGAACAUUGCUCUAUUCGGAGGAGACCCCAACAAUGUGACCCUAGCAGGACAUGGAUCAGGGGCAGCCUGCAUCAAUUUCCUGAUGAUCUCCCCCACUGUGAUGCCUGGCCUCUUCCAUCGCGCUCUGCUGCUGUCUGGAUCAGCUUUAUCAUCGUGGGCGCUGGUGGAGGAUCCUGUCAACUAUGCAGUAAAACUAGCAAGAGAAGUGAACUGCUCCAUCCCGGAAGACGUGGGCAAAGACCACGAGCAGAUCGUCGACUGCCUACGCGAAACCUCCCUGGAGGAGCUUCUAGAAGCCGAAGUCACUCCUCCUGCAUAUCUUAGCGCUUUUGGGCCGAGCGUCGACGGUGUGGUGAUCAAAGCGGACUUUGCCAAAGAACUCGUAACCUACUUCAAGCCGCAAGACCUGCAGAGUUUUGUGGGCUCGAUGAACGCCAACAUGAAGCGCAGCGAAGCCACUUUGGUGCCGAAAGGGAGCAACCCAUACGAUCUGCUCUUCGGCGUGGUGACCAGCGAGGCUUUGUGGAGGUUCUCCAACAACGACAUCCAGGCGGGGUUCGAGGGAGAACGCAGAGACAAGAUCAUCCGGACUUACGUGCGGAACGCCUACACCUACCAUCUAAGUGAGAUUUUCUUUACGGUGGUGAAUGAGUACACGGAUUGGGAACGUACCGUGCAGCACCCGAUCAACACGAGGGAUGCGUGUGUGGCCGCGUUGAGUGAUGCGCAGUUUGUUGCGCCUUUGGUGCAAACCGGCGAUUUGUUGAGUGCGAAAGCGUCGCAGCCCGCGCAGGACGAUGAGGGGCCAAAGACCUUUUUCUAUGUGUUUGACUAUCAGACCAAGGAGGGAGAUUAUCCGCAGAGAAUGGGCACCGUCCAUGGAGAAGAACUGCCCUACAUGUUUGGAGCUCCUUUGGUUGAUGGGUUCAAUCACUUUCCGAGAAACUACACCCGAGCUGAACUCGCCCUGUCGGAAUCUUUCAUCAUUUUCAUUGCCAAUUUUGCCAGAAGCGGAAAUCCCAACGAACAUCACAAGCAGGAUUCUGUUCUGGCUGCAUCCAGAGAGCGGAACAGGUUCCGCUCCAUCCUCUGGGACGAGUACGAUUCGGUUCAUCAGAAAUAUCUGGAAAUUGGCAUGAAGCCCCGAAUGAAGAACCACUUCCGCGCCCACCAAUUGAGCGUCUGGCUGCGCCUGAUUCCUGAGCUGCAUCGAGCCGGGAUGGAGGACGUGGUGGCCAGACACAACCUCUUCCGGAACCACAACAACGCCGACCUCUACGAUGGAGCCGUGCGUCCUGAUCCUCUGUCCCGAGUCAGCUACUACGAUCCCACAGUGGAGCUGGUGAGGCGACGCCCCAAUGCCACUCUCAGUGCUUUGGAGGUGGCCACCACUGUGGACACAGCUGUGACCACCUGCGUGAAUAUUAUUCCGCCUGGUGGCUACAAUACGCAGGUGUACCAAAGCCAGGCCAACCAAUCGGACACACUGGCCAGCUUCGAAGCCGCAGGAUUCGCUGCAUACAGUACCGCCUUGAGCGUUACCAUUGCCAUUGGGUGCUCUCUUUUGAUUCUCAACGUGAUGAUUUUUGCGGGGGUGUACUAUCAGAAGGACAAGACCCGCAUGGAGGUGAAGAACCUGCAGCAGCAGCAGACGCGCAACCAGCAGACUUUCGAGACCAUAUCCAAGCACCAGCACUAUCAUUUGAGUCACUCGCAAAGCUCCAAUAUCAUUGUUGAUGUUGAACAGGACACUUCCGCCAUGAUUAUGGCUGCCAAUGCGCAGCAGGACUACCAGGCAAUGAACAAAGUGCAGCAGCACCUGUGCCCGACCAGCAUCAGCAUUUCCAACACCAUCAGAGCCCCAUCGCCCAGCUCCAACUGCAUGACUCUGCCGAAAAACGCCUCCAUGCAGAACUGCAACUACAACCACACCGGCUGCAUGACGCUGCCCAAGAACGCGUCUUUGCUGAACAACACCGCAUGCGUCAUUGCCGAGAUGAAGCAACAGCAUUUGGUGCAGCCUCCGAAUGGAAACGCCACAAUGCCGCUGGCGGUGCCCAAGCCUCCGCCUCCUCCCAGAGCCUCCAGCCCCGAAAGCCAGCCCCUUCUCAGCUCAGGCUACAACAACAUCUCGAAGGGAAACAUGAGGCUUCCGCAGGCCGCCAUGAGUGAAAUGAGGGUGUGAUAGUGCUUCGGUGAGUCUAGGGGUAAUGAUGGACUGGAAAUCACUAGGUUCUAGGGUUCAUUCACUAACUUCGUCGAAUUCAAGCUACCUUGCUUUCGAUUGACCUGCACUAGGUAUAUGGUUCUCUUGUACAGGGUGUUUUCAGAUAUGGCUGCCUUUUGGGGCAAAUGUGCGCCGCUCCAUGUGUUUCUAGGAGGGCGAUUCUGUUCGGUGGUACCAAAAGGGAUGACUGGACAGUCUUUUUACUGUUUAGUUUGAUGAGAAAUAGUGGGUGGCAGCUGAGGGUGCACACUUCUCACCUUGCUGGAAUGUCCCUAACGCCUUCUACAUCUAGUGCUGGGCUUUGCUGAAUGUCUGCGGUUCUUCAGUUUGGUCCAGCACCUUCUUUUCAAAAAUCUCAUCUACAUUGCCAGGAAACUGUCCCCCAGAGAACCUGCUUCAUACCUGCCCAUGUCCUCCACAGCUUUGCAGGGUUGUUAUAGCCAGAUGCAGCUAAGCUGGCUCUUAGUUCAGAAGCCCCCCAACAUUCAUCGUGUUUUUUUCAGCAGAAGUUUCUUACUUCUAUACUCAGGCAUAUUUGAGACAUUUUCACAAUCCUAUGGACGUCCAAGUACCACUGCUUCCUCUCUUCAGGGUUCCAAGAGUUUUCCACAUCCUCAGUAAGUAGAGCAUUUAUCGCAUCGAUAAUCAACAUUAUUUGACUGGUUUUUUACGGCUGAUUAAAUGUAAGUCAUUGAUGGGAUUUCGUCUAGAGAAGCUCAAGCAUGGCCAAAACCCGCUUUGGUACCAACAAAUAAAAUCCUGCUCUAUCGUCCAGUCGGAUUAGAAUUUUUCUAAAAGAGUUUUAAUACCUUUUCGCUUCAAAAGUUAUGCACAAAAGCGGUUUUCCCAAGUUUCUUUCCAAUAUUCUUUCAUCUUUCCGAGUACCUUCCAAUAAUCUUUUAAAGCUUUUUAAGGUCUAAUCUGAUUGGACUGCUGGUUCUUUUUUGAAUCAGCACCCAGUCUCUCAGUAGAUUCUCAAAGACAUUCGACUUGUGCUGUUGCAUAAUGAAAUUUUCCGCGUUUAUGUGCAGCAAUGGAACAACUAUCAAAAGGGAGUGCUUGCAAGUGAAAAAACUGUUCAUACAUCAACAUAGUUAAUUUUCUUUUGGCAACUUCCUCCAGGAAAAGACUUUGGUUCUAAACCCACCCUUUGUUCUAGAUAGGGUUUCCAGCUCCCAAUAUUUGGGUCUUAAGAGUUGCAAAUUUGUGUUAAUUGAAACCAAUUUGUAGAUACUUUUAAUGUUAUCUGCAGUGCAAUGUAAUAUCAAAGAACUGUUCAGUGUUUCAGCCAAAACGGACCGCAAGCGGACAAUCCAAUUGUCGAUAUAAAACUUUGCUCUGAAUGGGGCAAAUUUGACGAUUUUUUUAACGGUUAUUAUUCUUUAGUUGGUAUUUUGCACAAUAUCUCAUAAGUACCAACAGGGCAUUGCAAAAUUCAACGAACACUGUUGGACACUCAUCGAUAUUUAGAAAAUUAGUUCUUGUAAAUAGCACCACUAUCAAUGGUUUCGUUGAAUUUUGGAAUCGUUAGAGUCGAUCUCGACAUGUAUUCAGCAGCUAAGUUAUAUCUAAAUUAUGUGAAACUUUAAUUAAUUAUAAUUAUUAUUAAU